GCGCCUGCAGGUGAAUAACGGUGAUGUUUAAGCUGUCUUCUAAGUAAGCGUCACUGAAUGCCACUUACGUACCUAUAGUCAGUCCAUAACAACACGUCCAGUGCAUCACGGGUUAAGAAACGAUCGAAAGCGCCCACACCCAUCCUUCCAUGCUCUUCUCAAAGCUUACAUACAUACCAGGCACUUCCACAGUCGCCACCAACACGGUAGAAUCAGCACAAGCGCAUGCCUCACCAGCCAAAAACAGCAGACCAGACCGCUCACCUCUCUUAGAAGCGUUCGCUGUCCGACAAGCACCGCCGUGCCUCGCAGCGUCUUUAUACUUAUACUCGCGGACCAGAACCAAGCCUCUCACCCUUCCGACCCACCCACAAGCCACAGUCGCCGCAACUACACCCGCCCGGCCUCAUCUCACGCAACGCCACCAACCAAGCACCAAGCACCAAGCGCCCAGCCACGCACGCCCAGCACCAGCCCGAGGCCAGAGUCCAGAGCCCAAAGCCCAGACAGCCGCCCCAAACGCUCUCGAGUCUCGCCGCCAAAGCCGGCACUCCGAGCAGCACGGCUCAGCGUAGCGCAAGAAUCACACCACCCUGGCGCGAAGCCGACUACCCAGGUAGGUAUGCCAGCCAGGAGGUGCCGCCUCCGCGGCCACAGCCCCACGAUCUCUGCCCGUCUGUUCCGAGACUGGCUAUCGCGCGCCCGCGAUCUCUACACCCAGC